AUGGACCGUGGAUCAUGGACGCAGUUCACUGACCUGGACCAUGGACCGUGGAUCAUGGACCCGCAGUUCACUGACCUGGACCAUGGACCGUGGAUCAUGGACCGCAGUUCACUGACCCUGGAUCAUGGACCGUGGAUCAUGGACCGCAGUUCACUGACCCUGGACCAUGGACCGUGGAUCAUGGACCGCAGUUCACUGACCCUGGACCAUGGACCAUGGAUCAUGGACCGCAGUUCACUGACCCUGGAUCAUGGACCGUGGAUCAUGGACCGCAGUUCACUGACCCUGGAUCAUGGACCGUGGAUCAUGGACCGCAGUUCACUGACCCUGGAUCAUGGACCGUGGAUCAUGGACCGCAGUUCACUGACCCUGGAUCAUGGACCAUGGAUCAUGGACCGCAGUUCACUGACCCUGGACCAUGGACCAUGGAUCAUGGACCGCAGUUCACUGACCCUGGAUCAUGGACCAUGGAUCAUGGACCGCAGUUCACUGACCCUGGACCAUGGACCAUGGAUCAUGGACCGCAGUUCACUGACCCUGGAUCAUGGACCGUGGAUCAUGGACCGCAGUUCACUGACCCUGGACCAUGGACCAUGGAUCAUGGACCGCAGUUCACUGACCCUGGAUCAUGGACCGUGGAUCAUGGACCGCAGUUCACUGACCCUGGAUCAUGGACCGUGGAUCAUGGACCGCAGUUCACUGACCCUGGAUCAUGGACCGUGGAUCAUGGACCGCAGUUCACUGACCCUGGAUCAUGGACCGUGGAUCAUGGACCGCAGUUCACUGACCCUGGAUCAUGGACCGUGGAUCAUGGACCGCAGUUCACUGACCCUGGACCAUGGACCAUGGAUCAUGGACCGCAGUUCACUGACCCUGGAUCAUGGACCGUGGAUCAUGGACCGCAGUUCACUGACCCUGGAUCAUGGACCGUGGAUCAUGGACCGCAGUUCACUGACCCUGGAUCAUGGACCGUGGAUCAUGGACCGCAGUUCACUGACCCUGGAUCAUGGACCGUGGAUCAUGGACCGCAGUUCACUGACCCUGGACCAUGGACCGUGGAUCAUGGACCGCAGUUCACUGACCCUGGAUCAUGGACCGUGGAUCGUGUACCAUGCAUCGUAA